AGCCGCCGGGCAGGAUGCGACCGGCCCCCGCCGCCCGCCCGCCGCCCGCGCAGCGGCUCCCACCGCCCGGACCGUGACGGCUGAGCUCGGACCCCCAACCCCACAGCUUGGGACAGGGCGGGGGGCUUGGCCCGACCCCCCCAGCUCUGCUCUCCAGCCAUGGGCAGCCACGAGAAGGACCCGUCCUCUCCGAAAAGGGCCCUGUCGCGCUCCAACAGCACCGUGUCUUCCAAGCACAGCAGCAUCCAGCAGGGCUCGGAGAGCUGGGAGGUGGUGGAGGAGCCGCGGGUGCGGGGCAGCCCGGGCCAGGAGCCGCAGCGGCACGAGGGCUACCUGCUCAAGAAGAGGAAAUGGCCCCUGAAGGGCUGGCACAAGAGGUACUUUGUGCUGGAAAACGGCAUCCUGAAAUACGCCACCACGCGCCAGGACGUCCUGAAGGGCAAACUGCACGGAGCCAUCGACAUCCGUCAGUCCGUCAUGUCCGUCAACAAGAAGGCGCAGCGGGUGGACCUGGACACGGAGGAGAACAUCUACCACCUCAAGAUCAAGUCCCCGGAGCUCUUUGCCAGCUGGGUGAGCAGCCUCUGCUCCCACCACCAGGGCGAGGGACCCGAGCUCUGCCCCAGGGGGGGUCCCGGGGGACGGACCCCCACCAACGUGCAGGGCCCGUGGACGAGGAUCCUGCCCUCGGGCAGUGCCCCUGCCCUCUCCAGCCUCACCAGCUCCCGGGACAAGGUGGACGCCUGGCUGAAGGACAGCGAGGGGCUGGAGCGCUGCUCGGCCGAGCUGUCGGAGUGCCAGGCCAAGCUGCAGGAGCUGACGGCCAUGCUGCAGAGCCUGGAGGCCCUGCACCGCAUCCCCUCGGCCCCCCUCAUCUCCUCCCUUCCCUCGGCCACCGCGGAGAGGCCCAAGAAGGGCAGGAGAAGCACCAAGAUCUGGUGCACCCAGAGCUUCGCCAAGGAUGACACCAUCGGCAGGGUUGGCCGCCUGCACGGCUCCGUCCCCAACCUCUCCCGCUACCUGGAGCCAUCCCAGAGCCAGCUGCCCUUCAGCCUCCCCCCCGAGUACACCCAGCUGCAGAGGAGCUUCUGGGUCCUGGCCCAGAAAGUGCACGGCUCGCUCAGCAGCGUGGUGGCCGUGCUGACGGCCGAGAGGGCCCGUCUGGAGGAGAUGCGGCAAGCGCUGGACCGGCGGCGCUCAGCCCCACGGCCGGGGGGGGCCGGCAACACCGGGGCCCCCCUGCGCCGCUUCCACUCCCUCUCCGUCUCCUCCGACACCACCCUGGACUCCUUCGCCUCGCUUAGCUCCACCUUGCCUGGCCCCGCCCUUUCCAAUGACCACACCCUUUCCCAGUAG